CGUCCAUUUUGUGUGUAGCGACAAGACCAUUCGCCAUGCUCCAUUGUACUCUACAGUGAUGGUGAGAUAACGCAGCACCACCAAAUCGUGGCAACCGCUGUGCUCAUUCCCAGCACAGCCUUGCGCUCCCAGUACUGCGCUCGUUGAGUGCAAACACGAGAGGGCCCUUGGCGGGUCAACAGGACGAGACCAGCACGACCUCGCCACGAACCGUUGGGCCCGUUUGUUGAUCACUGAUGUUUACUCUGUCAAUUGAAAAGUCUGUCUAGGAUGGUGCAGGCCAGUCCAACAUCAGUUGUUGUGGAUGGACCCAUAGAUGACACAUUUCAUUAGAACUGCAGAACCAUUCCAAAUGAUCUGAUUGAAAUCUUUGAAACUGAAGGUUGCUUUACUGGGCCUGAUCUUUUGAAGAAAGAGACUUUGAACGUGGCAGAUUUGUAGAAGUCAGGAGUCAUACAUUUCCAAGGUCUCCAGUCCACACCAUCAGGACUGCUUGCAACUAGCUCCCACCAUGCAGACUGUAGACCAAGGUUUUGUGCUGGUGAGGUUCAAGAUCACUUCAGAGCUGAUUUGGGCGGGAGCCGGCACACACCAUGGCCCAACCAGCGUACUCCCUGGUCAUGUCCGACACUACCCUGCUGGAAACAUCCUUUCUUAACCACUCCGAUGCCUUACCGCUCGUGCCACAACGCAGCAACAUUUCGCCGUGCUCCACCAUCAUGGGUAGUGUGGGCAGUCUGUUAGGAAAGGAGGACAAAAACAGUAACCUGCCCGUGCAGAAGGUGGGGUAUAACCGCGAAGGACUAUACGAUAACUGUUACGAUAAACACAUAUACGAGGACGUGGAGAUGAAACCAGCACACAAGACAGGAACAUUGGAGGGGAAGGCGCCGCCGCCCAAGAUUAUGCCCUUCAGUGGGAAAUUAGACAAGCAUACAGAGAAGACAGUCAUCAGGCCAACGGCGUUCAAGCCGGUCGUUCCUCGCAACAGACAUUCCCUGCAGUACUUCCCCCCACGACCCGGCAACCACCUGUCCGACAGCCGCAACUCGCUGCAGAUUCCGCUGUUCUACAACCCGAAAGCGCAGGAUAAGUGCGGUCUGCAGCAGAACGGGUUCCACAGCGUGCAGAACCUCAGCCUGCCGGAACGCCUGCCGGAACGCCUGCCGGAAAACCUGCAGCAGCCGGGAAGCAGAAAUUCCUUUUCUGGAGGAUCGUGUAAUGGAGGGACCUACAACACCGGGCCACAUAAUGGAGGGAAUUACAGCAAUACUGGCAGUCUGAACAGCACCAACAGUCACAGCAAUACCGGCAGCCUCAACAACGGUAGGAUUUACAGCAAUGGUGGGAAUUACAGCAACGGAAAUAUCCCUGGCUUGAUUCCGAACGGAUUACCGAAUGGAAACCAUCACAGUGGUAACCACUAUGUGGAUUCCCGGCACAUGAGGGAAGGGUUACCACCCAGGCAUAAGGCUCCCUCCAUGGACAGACUGUCUAGUCCUGCCUCAAGAUCAAGUGUCACGCCCACCUCCAAUAACAAUCACACCCCAAUCCUGUCCUACCACGCGUCCAUGACAAACCUGUCGACACGAUCAAAUCUUACGCCGGUUCAGAGUCACACCCCAAGAUCCAGUCUCACUCCGCAGUCCAAUCACACGCCCGUCCCGAGCCACACGCCGCGGAUGAACCACACCCCGUCGUCCACAUACACGGCGGGAUCGAACCAUACCAUGUCCAAUGGUCACAAGGAGUCCUCCUCAUCGGAACAUUCGCAGUGGUCGACGAUUUCGGAAGACUCCACCAAGGAACUAGAAGAAAAGGUAAAAGAGAAGGAAAGUGAGUUGGUUCAGUUGAGGAAAACCAUGGAGGAAAACGAGAUGAUCAUUUACAAUGUGUAUGAAGAGAAGCAACGGAAAUGGGAGAAGGAAAUCUCGGACACAAAAAGAGACUGUGAGAAGAAGAUAAAAGCAGCACAGCAGCGCGCCAGCCGGACGGAGCAGGUACUGCAGCUGCAGAUCUACCAACUCCAACAGGAGAAGAAGAAGAUCAGUCAUGAGAUGUCGCAGUUGCUGCAGGACAAUGAUAAGCUGGACAGACAGCUGGACACUUACCGCAGCCAGACGACAGAAACCACUCAGAAACUGGAUGAAACAAAGUGGGAAAUGUGCCAGAAGUCAGGGGAAAUCUCUCUCCUUAAACAGCAACUUAAGGAAGCCAAGUCUGAACUAAGCUUAAAGACUAAUGACGUAAUUGCUUCACGAGGAACAAUAAAAGAUAUCAAAACUGAGCUGUCAGAAAAGGACAGUCAAGUGACCGCCUUACAAGACAAAGUGUCAGAGAAAAAUGCAGAGAUCCUGCACUAUCAAGACGAGGUUGCUAAGCAACAAUGUGAGCUUGACAACUUGUCGGACACACUAAGAAAACGAGAGGAUGAACUGAUGGACUUGAAAGACUCAUAUCGACAGGUGAAGGAAGACCUGUCCAAUGUUCGAGCUGAGCUGGACAAUAAAAUCAAGGAAGAACAACUCAUCAGCCAAUGUGAUGAGGUCAAAGAGCGAAGAAAGAACAAAGAGCGGGAUCUGAUUGAAAGUUUAAAGGUGGAAGUUCAGAGACUCCGGAACGAGCUGAAAACGGUUCACCAGAGACACGACGCGCAGCUGAUGGAGUUUGAGCGCGAGCGUGCGAUCUGGCAGGAGGAGAAGGAGAAGGUGAUCCACUACCAGAAGCAGCUGCAGCUGAAUUAUGUGCAGAUGUUCCGCAAAACCAAGAACCUGGAGAAGGAGGUGCAGCAGCUGACUCUGGAGCUGGAGCGCCGAGACCUGGAGUCAGACAGUGUAUAGAAGUGACAUUACAGGUGUAACAGCACAUGCACCACUGUGUAACAUCAAGCUAGUGUGUACCAUCAGGAUCCGUAUCUAAUACUAGGGCUAUUGCGUGUAAAAUUAGGGCUAACACGUAACAUCAGGGUAACCACUGCUGUGUACAUGUAACAUCAGGGUAACCACCGCUGUAUCAUUCAGUACAGUACUACUUUGGAUCACUGUAACAUCUCAGUAAGCAGCACCACUCAGUCCCUCAUCCUGUGUGUUUAGGGAAUUUUCUUGUUUUGGUUUGUUAAAUUUGUAUUGUCGUCAGUUUUUACACUUUCCUCAAGAAGGAACAUUGAUUCGUUUACUCUGUUAUUUGUAAACUUUUAUGACUUUGUACCCUUGAAAUUUUUAUGAUUUUAUAGUCUUGUAAAUUGUGAUUGAAAAAGGCUUUAAUAUUUUUGUCAUUUUAUUAAGUCGCAGUUGCCAGUUAUUGACUGACAGGAUGAGGGACUGGAAACUGGUUCUUUUGUCAUUGAGCUGUCAAUCAACAUCUAGAUCCUGCUGGCCUGUCAAUCAGCACAAGCUGUCAGUCAUGUAUGGCUGCCCUGUCACUCAGCAUGUCAGUAACACAGGGCUUCCCUGUCAAUCAAAAUUACCUGUUGUACUGCUCAGAAACUGCAACCAGGAUUGUCUUGCCCCCUAUUGUUGUUUACAUUUUCUCAAACAAAACAUUUUGCCAAAUCAGGGAACUUCUCAUUUUUGAUGACUUAGAUAGCUUUUUGUACAGUCGAGCCUUUCUGUAAAUACUGCAGGAUAUUAAGAUGACUCUUGUGUUUUAUUCCUUGUUGAGAGUGACGUUAAGGACAGUAAUUGUUGUGCCAGUGUUGCAAUUUGAGAAGUAGAUCUUUGAGGUUGUGGCAAUAAUCAGUUUUUUUUACCAGCAUCAAAAGCAGUUGGUUAUACACUCCUAUGACGCAAUUUUAGAAUCACACAAGUCUUGUUGUUGACGGUCUUGAUGGACCUUUCAUCCAUAGUUUGUGUUGUAUGAAACUCAAUCGGUUGAGUAAAAGGCUCCAUUCUGUGAUGUCUAAAUGGCUAUCGGCCAGGCUCAAUGUGCAGUGGAUAUGAUUGUUCCCCACGAAAACCUUCAUUACUUCAACCACUCCACUCAGUAAUUGGUAAUUUUUCAAAGAAACAUUUGGCAUUAACGUUACAAAACUUGUCCCUUGUCAAGAAUAAGUGACACUGGCAAAUCUGAGAUGUUUUGAGAAUAACGGACCAUAUUGUGCUCCUAUUCUUACCAUUUUAGUUUGGUUAUUGUGCAUUCCUGCAGCACAGGGGCAUACAAGAGAGAUUGACAGGUACUGAUGAUGCCGGGAUGAUUUCCAUCUAGAGGUCGCUGGGAACAAAACCUGGAGCACAUUUAAUCAGGCAGAUAUUGAGCCCACUCUAAAACACUUCUCCAUUUAGCUGAGGCAGGAUCAAGUCAGUUCUGGGGAUGUCAGAUCUAUUCAGUGUUAUGCAGUCAAAGUAGUUCAGCAGAAAGCACAGAAAAGGAUUGAAUUAUAGGAAUAUGUGAAUGAAAAAGAUGUUAUGAAAGCUCCAAUCCUGCUAGGUUACACAAAAAUACCAUUAAUGAAUAUUAGGUUUGAGCUCUGUCAUGAAGAUGAGACUAGGAAGAGCAGAAUUUAUGAAGUAACAUAGAACUAUUUUGCUUUUAAACUAAAUAUAUUAUGCCAUAUUUACAGUAUAUUAAGAUUCCUUGCUAUGAUAUCUUGUGUGAUUUUUCUUCAGACCAUAGUUGUUUUUGUUCUCUGCAGUUGUUAAUUUGUUGCAGAAUUGUAGACAAACGUUGGUACCUCGCCACUGUACAGUGCAAUAUGGUAGUCAGUGGUGUUGGUCCCUUUUUUUGACUAUGUGUGGCUCCAGUGUACAAGUCAUUGUAGUAUUAAACUUAAUACAAGUGUAUAUGCAUUAACACUCUCAGAAUAGUUCUCUGACAUUGCUUGAGUUUGGUUCAGUUUGCUGUGUCAGCUUCUUUGUGGAUUUGGUUUUGUUGAAACAAGUUCAUAUAUACUGAUGGAGGAUGCAGGAAAACAAAGUUAAACACAAGAUGUUGGCUUAGACGUUCCAGCAAGUAGGUGUUGAGUUGGUAACCAGCAGGUCAACUGCUCCUCCUUGUGGUUAUAAUCAUUAGUGCAACAUUUAAGAUGCAAUGGAGCCACGUGUACGAUGUAGGACCCUGACUCAGAAGGACUGUACAAAGGUGGAAUUCUUUAUAUUUAUUGUACAAACACAUGGUUGACAUAAAAACUGAGUUUUGCAGGGCAAGACAUGAUAACUUCACUGCAGUGCUGCCCUAUGCAGACAGGGGGCAUGUAUGUUCUUUGUACAAUAUCUGUAGCAAUAAAUCAUUUGGAAGUUGUUA